AUCUUGUUUUUAUCCAGGAAAUGUCGUUUUUAACUGGGGAAUGUUGUUUGUAACUGGGGAAUGUUGUUUUUAACAGGGGUGCCGGGAUCGGGGGGGUCACUUGGACACACGGAACUUGGCGUCACCUCGUAAGGGAUUUCUUCUUCACCGUUUUUUUUUAAUUUCUCUGGGAAACCGGCCAAGCCAUUUCCCACAGCGCGUGGUGGUGAUCCCGGAGCCGAGCGAGCCUGUGGUAUUGCCUGGGGGGGUUGUUUUGGCUGGGGGGAUUGCGUUCCGCUGUGUGCCCCCCUCCUCUUCCCGACCCGCGACCGGCCAUGGCGUUGAAAGCCAGAGCGCUUUACAACUUCCAGAGCGAAAACAAAGAGGAGAUCAGCAUCCAGGAGAACGAGGAGCUCGUCAUCUUCAGUGAGAACUCCCUGGACGGGUGGUUACAGGGCCAAAACAGCCGCGGGGAGACCGGCCUCUUCCCUGCUUCCUAUGUCGAGAUCCUCCGCUCCCGGUCAGGCUCCAACUACACGGACUACUCCAGCAGCCCGGCCGGCUCCCCCGGGCACGACUCCUCCUUCUACUCAGCAUCCCCCAAUCCCGGCAUCUCCUACCAGGGCAGUUUUGAGGACGACGAUGAUGAUGAUUGGGAUGACUGGGACGAUGCGUGCACGGUGGUGGAGGAGCCCCGGAGCGCCCCGGGUACCAACGGGCACCCCUCACCCAAUCUGCAGUACCCGGAGGCCUAUGGCCACCACCAGCAUGCCGGUUACCGGCCCAAGCCGGCGCUGGAGAGGCAGGAUAGCAUGAGCUCCUCCAAGAGGGGCAGCGUGGUAGGGAGGAACCUCAACCGCUUCUCCUGCUUCGUCCGCUCCGGUGUGGAAGCCUUCAUCCUGGGCGACGUGCCCCUGAUGUCCAAGAUCUCUGAGACAUACUGCAUCGAGAUGGGCUCCAGAGGUCCCCAGUGGAGGGCGAACCCCCACCCCUUCAUCUGUUCCGUGGAGGACCCCACCAAGCAGACCAAGUUCAAGGGCAUCAAGAGCUACAUCUCCUACAAGCUGACCCCCAGCAACAUCAACUCGCCCGUGUACCGGCGGUACAAGCACUUCGACUGGCUCUACAACCGCCUCCUGCACAAGUUCACAGUGAUCUCGGUGCCCCACCUGCCCGAGAAGCAGGCCACUGGCCGCUUUGAGGAGGACUUCAUUGAGAAGCGCAAGCGGCGACUGAUCCUCUGGAUGGACCACAUGACCAGCCACCCCGUCCUCUCCCAGUACGAGGGCUUCCAGCACUUCCUCUGCUGCCGCGACGAGAAGCAGUGGAAGCUGGGCAAACGCCGGGCGGAAAAGGAUGAGAUGGUGGGUGCCAGCUUCCUCCUCACCAUCCAGAUUCCCACGGAGCACCAGGACCUGCAGGACGUGGAGGACCGCGUGGACGCCUUCAAGGCCUUCAGCAAGAAGAUGGACGACAGCGUCCUGCAGCUGACCAAUGUGGCCUUGGAGCUGGUGCGCAAGCACGUGGGGGGCUUCCGGAAGGAGUUCCAGAAGUUGGGCAAUGCCUUCCAAGCCAUCAGCCACUCCUUCCACAUGGACCCUCCCUACAGCUUGGAUGCCCUCAACAACGCCAUCUCCCACACAGGCAAGACGUACGAGACUGUGGGGGAGAUGUUUGCUGAGCAGCCCAAGAAUGACCUGUUCCUCAUGCUGGACACGCUUUCCUUAUACCAAGGGCUCCUCUCCAACUUUCCAGACAUCAUCCACCUCCAGAAAGGCGCCUUCGCGAAGGUGAAGGAGAGCCAGCGGAUGAGCGACGAGGGCAGGAUGGACCAGGAGGAGGCUGACGGGAUCCGCAAGCGCUGCCGCGUGGUGGGCUUCGCCCUGCAGGCCGAGAUGAACCACUUCCACGAGCGCCGCGUGGCUGACUUCAAGAGGAUGAUGCAGUCCUACCUAAGACAGCAGAUCGUCUUCUACCAGCGCGUCAGCCAGCAGCUGGAGAAGACGCUGCGCAUGUAUGACAACCUCUAACGCCUCCACUUGCUCUGCCCGCAGCCUCGCACGCCUCCUCUGUCUGUGGCAGACUGAGAACUAACAGGAACUCAUCACGCUAGAGACCAAAUAACUUUGGGCUUUCCUCCCCCUUCCCGGGCCUGUGGGGAAGGGCUCGCCCGCGGGUUGGCCGUGCCACCUCUUUCCCUGGGGACCUCCCACCCUGCCAUGGGUCUGGUGGGGGCACGGGAGGCUCACCAGAGAGACAGAUGUGGAGGUAACAGUGCUGCCCGGUGAUUUUUAGCUUUCUGAAAACCCACUCUCCUGGAGCAGAGGCAGGUGUGUCCCAGCCUGCUGGGAGAAGAAGUCCAAGCGGUCAACAUUUUGCACACUAAAAGCUUUUCUGAUGGAAAAAAGAGAAGGAAACGGAUCUUUAUUUGGAAGAGAUUUUUUUGUUUGUUUGUCAUAUUUUCAAUAUUUUCCAUUUUUCUGCAGCAUUUUUACUGAUCAGUUUUUAACUAGAUGCCCAGAGGCGAAGGGAAAUCUCUUUCUUGAGCAUGGCUGCUGACUGGGAAAAGGGAGAAAAAAAAAAAAAGGGAAAAAAAAAAAGCCCCACAGCCUUUUCAAUAAAAUUGUUGGUAGAAAAAACA